AUAUCGUCAGAGGCCCGGCAGUGCGCAGGCUCUGUGCGAGCUGGGCUGGCUGCCUAUUGAUUGGAAAACAACGGGCUGUGGGAGGACAGAUAAGGGUGGCUGUGGGCUAACGGGUGAGGGAAGGGAUACAGACCAAAGCUCAGACCACGCUGCCAUCUUUACCUCCCAGAUUUUCUUUUUCUCUCUUUCAUCCUGGAAUAAAUGUAAUUGCCACUGCUCAUCGGAUGGUUUUGCAGUGGAGGGAGGUUUAGACAGAUUCUCCUUGGCUGGGAAGAUCCUGCUUACACAUCAAGCUACAACAACAGUGGCACAUCUACUGCAGGGUUCAGAGAUUAACAGACAGGGGACACCAUGGAAGCCCCUCUCGUGUGUUUGGAUGAGGAGUUCGAGGACCUGCGGCCCUGCCGUAUGGAUGAGCUGGACCACCCAUCGCUCAAACACUCCUCUUACUCUAACACUACCACCGUCCCCCUCGCCUCCAUCACCCGAGAAGACUUCUCUGAGCUGGAGAACUUCUCUGAGAUGAUGAGCUUCAAGUCGAUGGAGGACCUGGUCAAUGAGUUUGACGAGAAACUCAAUGUCUGCUUCCACAAUUACAACACCAAGACGGAGGGCCUGGCGCCCAUACGCAACCAGUCACACAACCAGGAAGAUGAGGAGAGGCUGCAGGAUGAAGAUGUGUGGGAUGCUCUAACUGAUAACUACAUCUCCACUUGGGACGGCAACGAUUCAGAGGGACUCAACGGUAAUCUGUCUGACCAGGAGAUCCACGAAAAAGAGGAGGAGGAGAUGAACGAGAAGAAUGACAAUGCUAACUGCCUCAAGGAAGAACCUCUCAUCACAGCUGAUCAGGUCAUUGAGGAGAUAGUUGAGAUGAUGGAGAACUCUCCGGAUCCCGGCGAAACUGAGGAGGAGGAUGAAGAGGAGGGCAGCCACUGCUCCUCCAGGACCAACCCCUCCCUGCUGGAGGAGAUCAGGCAGCUGUCACAAGCCUCCAACAACAACUGCUCCUAUGAAGGCCUGAGCCUUAUGCCCAGCGCAGCACUCAUUGAACUGCUGCACAGGGUGGAGGCCGCCAUCCGUGAGUACUCAGAGGAGCUGGUCAGCCAGCUUGCUCGGCGUGAGGAGCUGGAGUUUGAGAAAGAAGUAAAGAACACGUUCAUCACUGCCCUGAUGGAGGUGCAGAACAGGCAGCGGGAGCAACGCGAUGGCAGCAAACGCAGACGCCGGGACAAAGCCCUGAGCCUGCAGGGGGGAGGGACGGCACCUGUGAAUACAGCCUCCACAGGCCACACGGAGAAGACAGGGAGCAUGCCUGUCAAGCGUUUCAGCAUGGAGGGACUGUCUAACAUCCUGCAGACCGGCAUCAGACAGACAUUUGGAAGCACAGGGAAUGAGAAACAGUAUCUAAACACAGUUAUUCCAUAUGAGAAGAAAGGCACCCCUCCAUCUGUUGAUGACCUGCAGAUGCUCACGAAGAUUCUUUUUGCCAUGAAGGAGGACAGUGAGAAGGUGCCUACACUGCUAACUGACUACAUUUUGAAAGUGUUGUGUCCUACCUAAAGCGUCGUCAGGCCAGAGGCCACAGUGUGAUGGAGAAUUCUCCCCUGAGGGCUUUUCUAAUCCUCCUCGCCUCUGGCCCAAGCUGCAUGACCUUCCAUCUUUUACCAUUAUCAACCAUGGAUCCUCACCAUCAACAUUAUUGUAUUCACCUCAACUAUGACUACUGCCUUUCGCUGAGCUCACCUUCUCCCUUCCUGCACAUUAAGCUCAGGCCAGACCCCAAAUGGCCGCCGUCUGAAUAGUUAAACAAGUGGGACAGCCUAUUCCACAUUUAAAGGACUUCACUAAUGGAGCAUGACAUGCUAUUAAAUAUCACAACACCACUUUGGUACAGGGAUACAACUUUAUGGUUGCUUUCUUUUCCUUAUUUUUUAUGUUACAGUUUCUUUUUCUUUUCUUUGUUCCCUUUAACAAAAUCUCAAUGUUGCCAACUUUUGACACUUAUUCAUAAACUGACCUCUUAACCACUGGGUCCUGUUGAUUGUUGUAUUUUUUUGAUUCAUAGGAACUACACUGUAAAAUAAGUGAAAUGCCAUACUGCAUCCACAUGUGAUCAUCUCCCUGUAUUGCUUCAGAUGGAAAGAGUGAUUAAUUUGAAUACAAAAGCCAUGCACCUUUUUCUGCCAACUUAGUACUGUAGCUCCAUUUGAAUGACAAGAAACACACGACUAUUACGGGUGCAGUGCAGUGCAUUACAAUGUUUGUUUUUUUUUGCUUCACUAUCUGAAUAUCCAGUGCUCUUCUGACUUUUUUGAAAUUUCUUUUCAUUUAUAUCUAAAUAUUUGAUAUAAACUCUGUUGCUGAUUUUCUACUUUUAUUUACUGUGUCAUCAGAGCGAAAGGCUUCUGUUCAUUCCACCCUGUUCAGCCAUGUGGAGGUGUAUCACUGAGUUGUCCUUGGAUAUAUCAUCCCGUGAUGAGAUGAGCUCAUUUCAAUAAAGGCGUGCAUAUUUGCAUAUUAGCAUAUUUAUGACUUCCUUUGCGCCAUGUAGGUGAAUGUUACAUCGCUAAUCGCAAAUUCUAAUAAACAUUCUACCCUAGA